AUGGGCCUCGUAACGGCGUUGGCCGACGGCGUGGGUGCACGUGAAGAUGCGGUCCGGAUCCUUCUCACCAUGCUGGCAGGUUACCCCCUCUCGGCCAUUCAUCGUUCGUUUUUCUACAACAAGCCGGCGCAAGUGCAACAUUUCUUCUUCAUAGCAUCGGGUGUCCUUCUCUAUCUCUUCAAUUACGGGCUUACCAUCUACCACAGCUUGCUCUCGAUUGUUUUCGCGUUCCUGAUCACGAAUUUCCUCAAGGGGAAGAAUGAGGGUGUCAUCGCCGCGCACGUCGCAUUCCUGGGCCACUUGCUCAUCGGAUACUGGCACGCGGAAACGGAUUCCUACGAUAUCACCUGGACGACGCCGUUCUGCAUCAUGUGCCUACGUUUCAUUGGGCUCGUAAUGGACGUCUACGAUGGACAGCAUUUUGACACCUUGAAGGCUGAUCAGAAACUGACGGCAAUCCGAGACCCACCUGGAUUGAUCGAGGUUGCCGCUUAUGGUCUUUUCUUCACUGGAACAUUUGUUGGGCCCCAAUUUUCGUUGGCUCGCUUCCGUGCCUUCGUUGAUGGCAACUAUUUGGACGAAAGUCGGCAGCCCAAAUCCAGCGGAUUGAUGCCGUCGCUUGGCCGAUUCGUCGCCGGCGUGACCUACCUGGUGUUGAAUCAAUGGGGAGCUGUAUGGAUCCCGGACAGCUAUUUCAACUCCGAGGCAUUCUUUAAUGCGUCGUUCUUCUGGCGCUGGACAUGGACUGUGCUGUGGUUCCGGCUUACGAUGUACCGAUACUGUUCUGCCUGGUUGUUGACGGAGGGAGCGGCUAUCUUGAACGGAAUUGCUUACAACGGAAAGGAUGAAAAUGGAGUGGAUAAGUGGGAUGGCGUCCGCGAUCUGCACAUCACUCGAUGGGAGUUCGGACACGACUACAACUCUGUCGUUCUUUCCUUCAACUGCGGCACGAACACCUUUGCAAAGAACCACCUCUUCCGCCGUCUCCGAUGGUUAAACAGCAAGCCGUUGGCUCAUCUGACUGUGCUCAUGUAUCUAGCUGUCUGGCACGGCUACCAUCUCGGCUAUUUUGUGUUGUUCAUCUUCGAGUUUGCUUGUGUGAUUGCUCAGGAUCAGCUUUAUUCGCUGAUCGACCGCACCCCUGGCUGGGCCGAACUGAAUAAGCAGCCCUGGAUGAGGCCGAUUUGUUGGUUCAUCGGCAAGGCGAUCAUUUCCUACUCCAUGGGCUUCGCCUUCCUCACUUUUGGCCUCAUCAAGACGAAGCAAUGGAUCUCGCCGGUGAUGUCCCUGUAUUUUAUCGGCUACAUCCUCUACUUUGUCGCAUGGCCGAUCACAUUCCAAGUUCUGAAGCGAGUACUACCGCGAAAGAAGAAGGAGGAAAAGCUGACCGACGGGAAGCCCGAAGCCAAGAAGGAACUU